CCGAAAGUACCCGAACGCGUACGAUGUUAGCCGAAAGUACCCGAACUUGCUUCGACGCCGCAUCGGCGAAAGCUCGAGAAGUUUCCGGAAUGUUCCGAGCUUUUCUGGAAGCCUGUCAAUGAGCGCACGAGCCGGCUGACAGUUACCCGAGUCCUUAUCUGGAACUCAUUCGGAACUAUAAAACUUUCUGUUGAGCUCAUUAUCGUCUUUUUGUGGAUUUGUCAUGUCUUUGCUCUGUUAUAAUAAAGGUUGUGGGCAGCGUUUUGACCCGGAAAACAACCCAGAAGAUGCAUGCACUUACCAUCCUGGAGUUCCUGUAUUCCAUGAUGCCUUGAAAGGCUGGUCAUGUUGCAAGAGACGCACUACGGACUUCUCGGAUUUCCUGAGCAUCGCUGGCUGCACCAAAGGUCACCAUAACAAGGAGAAGCCGCCCGAGCCGGUAAAGCCUGAGGUGAAGAGUUCAGGAGGGAAGAAAGAGCUGGAGGAUCUGAAACCACGGUUUGACGAAUACGUCAUUCAAGCUCCUAAACCUGUAGAGUUCAUCCAGAGACCCAGUGCUGAUGAGCCAAUGGUGGAACUGCAGCAGAAAGUGUCUCCGUCCCUAAAACAGGCACUCGAGAACAUCAAACUAUCCGAAACACAACAGAUUUCGAAGAGCGAGAACGAAGGGAAUGAGGUGAAAAUCGGAACAGCAUGUACAAAUCGAGGUUGCACUAAGACUUACUCUGGACCAGGAAGUAAUGAGGAUACGUGUUUGUUUCACCCAGGAGUUCCCAUCUUCCAUGAGGGGAUGAAAUUCUGGAGCUGCUGUCGGAGGAAAACUUCGGACUUCAACACAUUUCUUUCUCAGGAGGGAUGCAGUACUGGAGCUCAUGCAUGGAAGAAAGCUGAUGGGACGAAGCUGGUACCAUGUCGGUUUGAUUGGCAUCAGACCGCUAGUCAUGUGACCAUCUCUAUCUAUGCUAAACAUUCCAUCCCUGAGCUCUGUACCGUAAAGGCCAACCGCACCACGGUGUGUAUCAGAGUGAUCUUUGAGGGUGAGAAGGAGUUUGAACAGAAUAUCAGCCUCUGGGGGGACGUCAUUUUGAAGACGAUUCCUUUACCAUCUUGACUGAAGUCCGUCAGAUGAAGGCUUUAAGGUACGCACAACACUGGUGCACGUCUGUUCACUAUAUUAGCAGAUUUUCUAUUUCACAUAUUUGGCAAAAAUGCGCAGAUGAUCAAGUAUUGUCACCAUUGAUUGUAAAUGAGUCACCGUUAAUAAUAGCAGACACUCAGAAAAGAUGGGAACAGAGAGAGUAUAAAUCACUAAACCUCCUGAGUUUGUCAUCUGGGCUAAAUUAAAUAUCAUCAGCCAUUCACCUGGUUCCUUAGUACGAUGAUACGGAGUAUCGUGUUGUGUUCCAUUCGAUACAAAGCUCUGGAUUUGAUACGUCGGCUUAUUGUACAAUACAUCCAACUCUUUGCAUAAUAAUCUCAGAUAUUGGUCAUUUAAAACUGCUUAUAUCACGUGACAUAAACAACACAUUUCAACUGAAUAAAUCGGUUUCGUUAUUAUGUCCAAAUUAUUGUACAUGUUCUACUGCUGGCGAAAGAACGUCAAAAUUAGCCACCCUAUGCAAGGUGUGUGAGUGAAUGAGAGAGUGUGUGUGUGUGUGUGUCCUGCGAUGGGUUAGCACUUCGUCCAGGGUGUAUCCUGCCUCGAUGCCAGAUGACGCCUGAGAUAGGCACAGGCUCCCCGUGACCCGAGAAGUGCGGAUAAGCGGUAGAAAAUGAAUGAAGGAAUGCUAGCAAGGCCAUGUUUUUUACGUACUGUAGCUAGUCUAGAAAACGCUCCUGAACUCGGUGUUUGUAAAGUUGGGACAAAAGUCAAGCAACGAGGAAACAGGAUCGUUUGUUAUUAUCUAUUCUAAGAUUAUCUUUAAGCUCUACGUUAUUUUAACAAUAGCGCACACUGAAAAGUGUCUGAUCUAGCGGAUAAAUGAGAAUAUGCUUAUAGAUACGUCAAGAUUAUUCCCUCAGCACAUCAACACAGCCAUUUGGUGUCUGAGCACUUUUAUAUAUGUGCUGCAAAUUUACAUUUACAGCAUUAUGAUCAGAGGAAGGUUAAGUUUCAAAUAAAAAUAUUUAAAUGUAAUAUAUUUUUCUCCUAGUUUUUUGGGUAUAUUUUUCUCCUCCUUAUUUUAAAUGGGUCAUAAAAUAUAUCAAUAAUUAUCGAUAUUGGUCGAUAUGAAACACUGAUAUCGUGAUACAGUUUUCAGCCGUAUCGCCCAGCCCUACUCGGUAAGAGUUUUCCAGGCCACGUGAACCGAGACAACUUCCUGAAUUCCAGAAAUACCUCGGCGUUUAGUGUUAAUGCGACUCUCAGCUCACACAAUCCCCACGGAUGAUCCAACACAAAGAAGUGGCAUGAUGAUUCCAUGAUCCACCCCAUGAGAUUUGAAGAGUUUUAUAAACUCGUGUGGUCCAGAAAUAGCACAUUGUCGGGAUUUGUUCUGUUUAACAAAGUCGCUCAUUACUAAUUCAUCGAUUGUGUAUGGGAUAAAACCAUAACAGGUGAUUUUAUUAUUUAUUUUCCUUAUCCACAUAGUUUCCUUCCUCUUGUGCCACAGCAAUUUUGUAAACCUUUUACCCCGAUUACUUAUAAUUUUAUUGUCAGACAAUAACAUAUAUAUUGUUCAAGUAACAUUUCUGUGUAAAUGGUUAGAGGUUUAUUAUUAUUCUUCAAUUCUGUGGCUUUCCUAUGAACAGAAACAAGAAAAUAACAACGAAAAGUGAGUUAAUU